UGGAGAGGCAAACCAGCAGCUUACUGUGGUCCUCAGUGGCCAUGGAGGGAGGAGGAGAGCCUUUAACUCACACUCACUUCAUCACUAGCACUGUCAGCCCACUGAGGGGAACAUAAGAAGGACUUCUUGGCCAUUUUGAAGGACCCACACGUGACACGAGCCAGUGAUAAAAGAUGGCUUUGGUAAAUGACUCAAGAACUGUUUUGGAUACCUCAUCUUAGCAUUUACAGGAAAGCUGAUACGAUGGCUGGAUUACCCCUUUUCCCUUUGGAUGACCUUCAUCCCCUGGUGUGCCACAUGUGCCAUGAGCAGUACCGCCAGCCGUGUCUUCUGGACUGCUACCACAUCUUCUGUGCCAGCUGCUUGCAUGGCAGGGCCAGUGAGAAUCGCCUCAUUUGCCCCCUCUGUGGAUGUCCCUCAGCUGUGAAGGGGACGAAUGCCCUCCCUCCUGAGGACCGUUUGCUGAAGUUCCUGGUGGAGAACUCCGCUGAGAGUGUGGUGCAGUGCUCUAACUGUGAAACGGAAUGCAAAACACAGGACGCAGGGAUGAUGUAUUACUGUAACACCUGUAGCCAACCCCUGUGCGGACCCUGCAGAGAAACCACGCAUAAAGCCAGGAUGUUCUCCUGCCAUGAAAUCGUCUCUCUGGCCAAACGUGCCAAAGAGGGCCACAGGAAGUGCUCUCUUCAUGACGAGCUUUACAUCAUGUUCUCCACGGAGAAGAAGUCCAUGCUGUGCAUCAAGUGCUUCAGAGACAUGCAAGUGGAAAGCCGCAUGCACUGCAUAGACAUCGAGACUGCAUACGCUCAGGGCUGUGAAAUACUGGACCAGGCAGUGCUGGCAGUAAAGGAGCUCCAGACGUCUGCACGGGAGGCCAUCCUCCUGCUCAAGGCCAUGCUGGGAGAAGUGCGCGCUAAUGUAGAGGAGGAGGAGAGCGCCAUCUGCAACCUAUUCAACAGCAUGCAGGAGAAGCUGGCAGACAGGAAGAGGAUUCUGUUAAAAGCUGCUCAGAGUCAGCACGAGGAGAAGGAGAAGGCACUGAAGGAGCAACUUUCUCACUUGGCUGCACUUCUACCCACACUUCAGGUUCACUUGGUCACGUGCUCAGCAUUUCUCAGUUCAGCUAACAAGUACGAGUUCCUCGACAUGGGCUAUCAACUGAUGGAGAGACUGUGCAGGAUUGUGAAGCUGCCUCAUCGACUCCGGCCCACCCAGAGCAGCAAAAUUAACACAGAUUUUUGUGCCGAGUUUGCCCGCUGCCUGGAGCCACUGCUGCUAAGGGGCCAACGCAGACCCGGUUCAGUCUCUGGAGGAGUCACUGUCAGCAACCUGGUGCAGUCGUCUUGGUCCACGUUGUGCCGGUCCCCGUCUCUCAGUGACAUGCCUCAGGUUCCCUCCCUAGGACGUAGACCCACUUCUCACCGCUACAUCUGCACCAAGGUCCUGCUGGCUGAGGGCGGAGACACACCCUUCACCGAGCACUGCCGCAACUAUGAGAACAGCUACCAGAUGCUCCAGACUGAGAUCCAGAAGCUGAAGGACCAGGUUCAGGAGAUGCACAGAGACCUGACCAAGCACCACUCACUCAUCAAUACAGACACCAUGGGGGAGAUCCUGGAGAGAUCUCUGCACAUAGAUCAGCAGAUCACAUCUCAGUACUCAUCCGUGCAGACCCUCAGGGGCGUGUUUGAGGAGAUAUGGGAGGAAACCUUUCAAAGAGUCGCAAAUGAGCAGGAGAUCUAUGAAGCGCAGCUUCACGAUCUUCUUCAGCUGAAGCAGGAAAACUCCUACCUGACGACCAUUGCACGGCAGAUCGGACCGUAUAUCUUGUCCAUAGCAAAAGUGAAGGAACGUCUGGAGCCCAGGUUCCAGGAACCAAAAGAACUUGAGGACGAUCGCACAGAGACCAUGCUGAAGAUCUAUGAGGACAGUACAAUGACCAGUGAGUCACAGCACAGUGAUGACGACAUCAUCUACAGCUGGGAUUCCAACAGAAAUAAGAGAGCUCUGAUCUUCCAGCCCAGUGAGAUCCCACCAAAGAACACAGACCACCGCUGGCAGAACAAGAGGAAUAUCUCAGAAGCAUCCUGCCGCAAAGAACUGCCCCUGUAACCCACAGCGAGGUGAAGGAACUUCCUCAUAACGCUGAUAUCCAGCGAUAUGAAACACCUCAGCAGACAAAUGGACGGCAGUAAUAUGAAGGGGAUUGUGGCUCCUACUUCACUGAGUUGGGAGAACAAAUGGACGUUAUGCUACAUUUAUGAGGUCGUGUGGAGAGGAGGAAAUGAAGGACAGUGCAGUGGAAACUGGAGAUGACUGAUGUGUAGUGAAUGUACUGAAAUUCUAAUUUUGUAGCUGAAAUAGUUCAACCGUGGUUUGAAUAAUGUGUCGUAUUGAAUGUAUUGAAAAAGAUUUUCUGGUUUGUGAACUAAAUAUAAAAAAGAAAAAUAAAGGAAACAGAAAUGAAGGA